AUGGGAAGUGGAUAAAGCAAUCAAAAUAAUCAUGAACAUAUGAAUGAAUAACCAGAAUAGCAAUAAAUAAUUAAUUAAAGUGUUGCAUUGAGAUCUUAAGUUGUUAAAAAAAGGAACAUUUCAUAAGAUGAUGACGAUGAUGAUGAAGAUGAUGAAGAAGAGGAACUAGAUUCUAAUGAUGAUAGUGAGAAUGAAGAAUAAUAGUUUGAAGUAAGAGCCUAUUUAGAGAGUAGUCUAAUGAAUAUGAAGAAUAUAUAUAAGGUGAUAAAUUAGUUGAUAAUAAAUCGAUGUAUUCUGGAUUUCUUGUAAAUAGAAUUUAAUUACUUGCAAUAAAAAAGAUAGUUUUGAAUAAAAAAGAGAACUUUAAAAUAAUUAAGUACAAUUUACAAUAGCUUACCAAUUUGAGACAUUAAAACUUAGAAUCCAUUAUCAGUUGGAAUUUUGAAAAUAGCAAUAAUAAGAAAAAUUAUUACCUUAAUAUUUUCUCUAAUUUUUAAUCGAAUGGUUCAUUAUAAUCUAUACUUUUAAAAUACUGUAAAUUUAGUAAAGAACUUAUUUUAACAAUAUUUCAAUCAAUAUUAAAAGCACUUGAGUAUUUACAUUCAUAAAAUAAAUUGCAUAAGUACAUAUUUAAUUCUUAAUUCUUAAAGAAAUCUAAAAACAUCAAAUAUUUUAGUUGAUCAUGAAGGAACAAUUUUGAUAUCUGAUAUAUUGAUUUAAAGUUAAUAUUCACUAUCAAAUUAUAGUGCCCCAGAAACUUUUGUAUAUGCUGAUUAUUCUGAAGCAUCUGAUAUUUGGAGUGCAGGAUGUAUUUUUUAUGAACUUCUUACACAAAAGUAGCCAUGGCAAAUUAAUGAUAAAGUGCUUUCAAUUCAAGAAAUUAAAAAAAAGUUCUCUAUCAAUUGUAAUAUUAGAAUUACUAUUAUUUUUAGAAACCUUCUUAAAAGAGAAUUUAGAUAUCUAAAAAAAUGCUCUGAAUGUCUUAUAAUAGAUUUUUCAGUUCUAACCUGAAAAUAGACCUUCAGCAUGUCAAUUACUAAAACAUUAAAUAUUUCUAGAAAAUUCAACAAGCAAAUUCAAAUAAAUGGCUAAGUAAAUUUCUUAAAAGGAUGUGUAAAAUACACCACAAAAAAAAUUUAUGUCUCUAAUCUAAGAUUGUAAAGUCAAUAACAAUUCAAAUAAUAUUCAACUUUAAACUGUGUAAUAUUUAAAACUUAAGAAAAAGGAAGAUGAUGAAAUUUCAUUUGACAUUAAAGAAUGUAUUUUCUAAAUUUAAUCCAAUAUAUUAAAAGAAUUCACAAUUACACAAAAUAGCAAUUCUUAUUUGUUAACUAAAGUAUAAAUAUUAUUAAUACUUUUUAGAAUAACUUUGAUAGUUUAACAAUUAAAUAACACAAAUUUAAUUGUAAUCUUAUUCAACAAAAAUUAUGCCAUAAUAAAUAAUAAUAUAGAAUCCAAGAUACAUCAAAUUUAUCAUAAAUUGUAUCACAAAUGAAAACUGCUAUUAAUUUUUAAGGUAGCAUUCUUUAAAGUUAAAAUUCAACAUCCGAAAAGAAUUUUGAUUAAAAAAGUUUUUAAGCUAAUCAUCUAAUUCUUUAAACUCAAUCCUUUAAUUAAUUAAACCAAGAAAUAAAAUAAUUUUAAUAAAUUUAAGAUAAUCAAAAUGAUAUAAAAUAAAAAAAUGAAUAAAUUAAAAAAUAAUAAGAUUUUAUAAAAUCUUAAACUGAAUCAACAAUAAAUUAAAAUAUUAAUAGUUAAGAAUAGAUAUUAUUUGAUGGAGAUUUUGUCUUUAUUUUAUGA